UCAAUUCCAAUUUCAGUUUAACAUAUAUUCGGACCAGAUAUAUCAAAAUCACAAAAUGAACCAAAAUACAAAUAAGGAAGUUAAACAUAUAAGAUAUACAAAUGGGGAAGUUUUUCUUCCAGACAUUACGGCGCAAGUAAUGCAAAGUAUUAACAUCACAUCAAAUGGAUUCAAGUCAACUUGCAUUUUCCUACAUAUGAUUGGAUCUCAUAGUUUAAUCCUAAUCUAUAAAUACUCUUCAAUCUAUCCUCACUCCUCCACCACCACUAAUCAUAACCACCAAAAAGCAUUACUCUUCCUUCAAUUCUCUCCAUUCUCAAAAAGCAAAAUGACAUCGAUCAUAGUCUUGGUCACUCUUUUGACCAUUCUUUUCACAAGUUUCAGAAUCUCUCAAGCAACGUCUCGUACUGUAACCUUCCAUGUGCCAUCAAUGGUUGACAUACAUGAGCAAUGGAUGUCACGAUUUUCUCGUGUUUACCGCGAUGAGCUCGAGAAACAGAUGAGACGCGAUGUAUUUAAAAAGAACUUGAAGUUCAUUGAGAACUUCAACGAAAAAGCGAACAAGAGCUACAAGCUUAGUGUCAAUCAAUUCGCGGAUUGGACCAACGAGGAGUUCCUAGCAACGCACACCGGACUGAAGAACAUAACUCGAAUUUCCCCAUCCAAGGUGGUCGACAAAACGUUGUCGUCUAGGUCUUGGAAUGUCAGUGACGUGGCAGGCGAGAGCAAGGACUGGAGGAGUGAAGGAGCUGUCACUCCGGUCAAAUACCAAGGCCAAUGCGGAUGUUGCUGGGCGUUUUCAUCUGUAGCAGCAGUGGAAGGUGUGACUAAGAUCGCGCACGGGAAGCUAGUAUCUUUGUCCGAACAACAGCUUCUAGAUUGUGACAGAGAGUACGACCAAGGGUGCAACGGUGGGAUAAUGUCGGAUGCUUUCAACUAUAUAAUCCAAAACCGAGGCAUCGCUUCGGAGAAGUCUUACUCUUACCAAGGAUCAGAUGGGAGAUGCCGGUCCAAUGCAAUACCCGCUGCACGGAUCAGCGGUUUCCAAUCCGUCCCUAGCAACAACGAGUGGGCCUUGCUCGAGGCCGUGUCGAGGCAACCCGUCUCUGUCUCGAUGGACGCAAGUGGGGACGGGUUCAUGCAUUACUCAGGGGGAGUAUAUGACGGGCCUUGUGGGACUAGCUCGAAUCAUGCAGUGACGUUUGUUGGGUAUGGAGUGAGCGAGAACGGGACCAAAUACUGGCUGGCUAAGAACUCUUGGGGUGAAACUUGGGGAGAAAAUGGUUAUAUAAGGAUCCGAAGAGACGUGGCUUGGCCUCAAGGCAUGUGUGGUGUAGCCCAAUAUGCUUUUUAUCCAGUUGCGUAAGCGUUUUUGUUAUAUAUUUUACACAUAGACUAAUUCAAAUGGAAAGUGCGUAUAUCAAAAGUGGUAUACAAUAUUAUAAAGUGUCUUUGAUUAUUUGAUUAUGUAUUGUUGAGAUGCGGUUUAAUCCACAUCGCAUAUUUUGAGCAACAUUUGUAAUGUAUUUGUAUUGUUCUGUACGUCUUGCAUGGUCUUGACGUAAUUGGUAAGACAUGUAUUUAUUCAAAGAAAAAAAUCUAUUAAAAAUUUAAUGAUAAAAUUUAAGAGCAUCUCCAAUAGUUGAAAAAUUAAAAGAUUAUUAAAUAAUAAUGUUUAAAUAUAGUAUAAUUCAAUAAUUAGAUUUUUUUUUGUAAUUAAACCAAUUCGUGAGUGACAAAUGUGAAAGAAAUUUCUCAUGAUAUUUUUAUAUCUGAAACUGU